UGUCGAUCAAAGCGAUCGAGAGUGGUUCCACGGACAGAGACGUCCAGUCUGUCUGUGACCUGGGGUCUCUCCCAGGCGUCUCUCCCAGGCGUUCCCCUCUCACUGAGGUACGCCUGGAGCGGGUGAUCAAAGUCAGCGAGAGAUGGGCGGGACUUUCAGUUAGACGGGUUUAAAGGCUAGAGAGAGGGCGGGACUUCCGAUGGAGGGUUACUUUCCCUUUUCCGUUACAUGUUUUCGAUAUUUCUUUGCACAUUUUAGGGAAUACUCUAUAUGUGCUCUCUUUGUCGUCGUCUUUGUUAUUCUUUUCAUGUUCUCCAUUCUCUCUCCGAGGAUUGUUGACCGGCACAUAGAGCACAUAGGAUGUGAGAGAAAGGAUAUUGCGUUCUGGUAUUACGGGAUAACGCUCUGAUCCAGGGUCCUCUCCCAGCCCGUCUGUGACCUAUGGAACCAGGAGGCUAAUGUUGACAGCUAGCGGCUGUUGUUUAAGAUACAUGCUAAUGUUAGCCAACUUCCCCUGCACUGUGGCUAGUUGAGGUGUAAGUUCAGCCAAGAUUUGCCCGCUUAAACACUUUUCCGGAUUGCAAAAUGAAUGCCAACUGACCACCAGCCGGCGUUCUGUCGAAGAAAGUGAGCCGUCUACUCAACACUCCCCAGUGGGCAGUGAGCAUGGAGCCGUGGGAGAGGACCGACACCCGGGCAGCACCCAUCUCCCUCCCUAGUCCCUACGUCACCAAUCCGAGGACCAGUCCGUUGUUUAUGAGCCCGGGACUGAAGUCUGACAGGACUGAGGGAGGGACUGAGGGGAGAGGAGGGAGGCCAGGCAGGAAUGGGCCCAGCAACCCUGGGGACAGACGGAACAGGAACGAUGCUGACAGACGGACUAGUGACCGACGGACGGGCGACGCUGGGGACCGACGGACCAACGACGAAGGCCCCCUGCCGCACACCGCCUCGUCUAGAUGGGAUCCACAAACCAAGAGAACGAGGCACCCAAGUGAACCCCAGUUUAAGGACCGAAGGUUUGGCCAGAGAUCCCCGGACGGAGCAGCAAGAGCUCCGAGGGGCCCCAGGUCCGCCCCCGGCCCUGCACGGAGCCACGGGGGCCCUCCGCGCACCGAGCCGCCCGUCAGGGGCCCUCCCCACGGGGGCCGGCCCCACGCCAGCCGGGUCACCUUCGAGGUCAAGAUGGCCGAUUUCCCUGAGCUGGCCGCCGCAACGCCAGGAACCUCUGCCCCGCCCGCCCCGAGCUGGGGCCAGAAGCCUCCCACCCAGGGGCCUCACACCCAGGGGCCUCACACCCAGGGGCCUCACACCCAGAGGCCUCACACCCAGGGGCCUCACACCCAGGGGCCCCCCUCCCAGGGGCCUCACACCCAGGGGCCCCCCUCCCAGAAGCCUCACACCCAGGGGCCUCACACCCAGGGGCCUCACACCCAGGGGCCUCACACCCAGGGGCCUCACACCCAGGGGCCUCACACCCAGGGGCCUCACACCCAGGGUCCCGUGUCUUCUAACAAGACGCAGUCCGUUAACGAGAGGCCGGCAGGAAGUCCAGGCCCACGCAGACACGCCCGUGAUGUCAGACCUGUGUCAGCGUCUCGCUCCCCUGACGGGGGAAGGCUCCAUGCUGUGAAACCAGGCCCUGUGAAGGCCUCCUCGGGGGGCCUGGAGAGACCGGCCUCUGCCUCCACCUCCUGGGCCAAUGUGGCCUCCCAGCCUCCGAGGAAACCCGCCCCGAGAGAGGACCCCUUCAUUGCCGCCCAGGUACCCGCCCAGGAGGAGCAGGAGGACGGCUCGUCGGAGAGGAAGAAGAGGAAGAGGAAGAAGAAGCCCCCCCGGACCUCGGAGGAGGAGCCUGAGGAGCCGACGCCCCUCCAGGAGCCGCCCAAGUUUGAGGACGAGGAGGAGUUCCCAGACCUGGGCCGUCCCUCGGCUGGAGCCUCCAGACCAACGGCCAGCAACCCCACGGCCCCCCCGGGGACUCAGAAAACUGAGAAGGCCUCUGGGAAGAAGAGCAAGGUUCCUCUGCAGCUGGACAUCGGCACCAUGCUGGAGGUGCUGGAGAGGAAGCAGCAAUCCCAGAAGUCCAAACACGAUGCCAAGCCACUCUACCUGUCAGUGGGAGGAGCCUGUCCCGUGAGUCUGAAGCAGCCAUUGGUCCAGAAGAAGGGGGCGUGGCAGCAGGACAAGUUUGCGCACAACCCCCUCGACUCGACGGUGGUGGUGAAGAAGGGCAAGCAGAGGGAGGUGCCCAAGGCCAAGAAACCCACCCAGCUGAAGAGGGUGAUCCUAAAGGAGCGAGAGGAGAGGAAGCAGAACCGGCUGCUCCAGGAGAGGGUGGUGGACCCCAACCAGGACCCCAGACCGGACCAGGACAGGGCUGUGGACCCCCACCAGGACCCCAGGCCGGACCAGGACAGGGCUGUGGACCCCCACCAGGACCCCAGGCCGGACCAGGACAGGGCUGUGGACCCCCACCAGGACCCCAGGCCGGAUGAACCCUCAGCCGGAGAGCAGGCCCUGAGCGGGGACACGGGGGAGGAGCCAGCGGACCAGAGACACCUGGCCGACUCAGACGCUGAGGAAGAGCGAGAGGAGGAGGAGCAGCAGGAGAGAGGAGCCGGCCACUGUGGAGCCCUCCCCCCCCCCACCCCCCACAACCCGCCCAAAAUCCACAGCAGGAAGUUCAGAGACUACUGCAGCCAGGUCCUGAGUAAGGAGGUGGAUGAGUGUGUGAGUGCGCUGCUACGCGAGCUGGUGCGUUUCCAGGACCGGCUCUACCAGAAGGACCCCAUGAAGGCGCGCAUGAAGAAGCGUCUGGUCAUGGGUCUGCGCGAGGUCCUCAAGCACCUGCGGCUCGGCAAGGUCAAGUGUGUCGUCAUCUCGCCCAACUGUGAGAGGAGCCAGUCCAAAGGUGGUCUGGACGAGGCGCUCCACACCAUCAUAGAGACGUGCCGGCAGCGGGCCGUGCCCUUCGUGUUCGCCCUCUCCAGGAAGGCCCUGGGCCGCUGCGUCAACAAGGCCGUGCCCGUCAGCCUGGUGGGCAUCUUCAACUACGACGGGGCGCAGGACUUCUACCAUAAGAUGAUCGAGCUGUCCUCAGAGGCCAGGAAGGCGUACGAGGAGGUGCUGGAGCGCGUGGAGCUGGGGGGGCAGCCGGAGGAGGAGGGGGUGGAGGAGGACCCAGGACAGCAGCGCCUCCGCCCUGGUGCCCCCCCUCCCCCCCCGGCCCGGGUGGAGGAGAAGGAGGAGCCAGAGUACAUUAAGCUGUGGAGGAAGAUGCUGGAGAAUGAUUGCAGUCACCCGUUCCUGACCUUUGAGGAGCAGCUGGGCUCGCUGCGUCUGGACGGAGAAGAACCGCGGGAGCGAGCUGAGCAGAGCUGACCCUGAGCACCCCCCCCCCCCCGCCCCCGCCCC